AUGUUUCCCAGCGCCAGUAAAGGCGCAAAGACGAAGAAGCAUGGGGUUGGUGGGUGGAUCCAAUCCAUUUGCUACCUAGUAGCUGCUUGGCUUGGCGAAACCGUGCGUCCGAGCUUUGAGCUUCCAGCGCUGCGUCAACCACCGUUGCCUUCCUUAGAUCGCGGCCAUCCCAACCACAGCUCCAGCGACGACAAACGACCACGGCCCCGCCUACAGUCAACAAUCCCACUCCGCCGUAGAUCGAUUGCACGUCCUCGUGUUUCCCCUCACAAACACACGCACACAUCCGCGCCAUCAAUCACCAUGGCCGGCUUCGACUUCUCCAACCACAACCGUAAUGCCGCCCUCCACGCCCAGGGUGUACCUCUACCCAAGGCGACCAGCACCGGAACCACCAUCGUGGGCUGCCUGUUUGAUGGCGGAGUCGUAAUUGCAGCAGAUACCCGAGCGACGAGCGGUCCCAUAGUAGCAGACAAGAAUUGCGAGAAACUUCACUACAUCGCCCCUCAGAUUUGGUGUGCCGGUGCAGGUACCGCUGCAGAUACCGAAUUCACAACCGCCAUCAUCUCGUCCAACCUCGAGCUCCACGCUCUGUCCACCGGCCGCAAACCCCGCGUCGUGACGUGCAUGACGAUGCUGAAGCAACAUCUCUUCCGCUAUCAGGGUCACAUUGGAGCAUACCUCGUCAUCGCUGGUGUAGACCCUACUGGCUCCCACCUGUUCACUGUACAUGCCCACGGAUCCACCGAUAAGCUGCCAUACGUGACGAUGGGUUCCGGUUCGCUCGCCGCCAUGUCCGUUUUCGAAACACAGUGGCAGAGGAACCUGUCGAGGGAAAAGGCCGUUGAGUUGUGUGCUGAAGCUAUUGAGGCCGGUAUCUGGAACGAUUUGGGAUCCGGAAGCAACGUGGACGUGGCUGUCAUCACUGAGGAGAAGACCACUUUGAUGAGGAACUUCAGGACUCCCAACAAACGUGGUGCGAAGGCGAGAAACUACAAGUUCGAGCGUGGCACUACGGCGGUCUUGAACGAGAAAAUCAUCACCAAGGAAGAGAUCAGCAAAUAUGUGACUGUCCACGAGCUGCAGGAUGACAGUGUGACGGCGACGGCGGAAACAAUGGAUGUGGACUCGUAG